AUGGACCACCAAGAAAAAAGCAGAGAAAAAUUCAUCGUGAAACCAAAUCUGAAGAAAAAAGACUCUUAGAACCAUUGAUAACUUGUUCUGAAUAUCUAACUAGUAAACAAUUGGAUCAAGUUAAAGAAGCAUUAGGGGACGAAUAG